GAUCGCGCAUGAUGCUGGAGUGAAAAAUGUGAUUGCCGGGUUUGUUGACAUCGCUAUUUCAUUUUAGAGAGUAAUGCUUCGCAUCUCCUUUAAAUUAAUCAUAUAUACGUGACUCGUAACUUGUGCAAAUAAAUGUAUACAACAUAAAAGAAUUUUCCAUAAAAUAUUGAAAAUCUGUCAGAGUUGGGAGGUUAUUUCACUUUGCAGUAUACGUUCGUAUAUUUUCUUUUAUCUAUCUACAAAUUACUGUUUUAUCUUAUCGUACAUUAAUUAAAAAUCAUGGACGCUAUCAUCGACACGAUCGUAGCGCAGGCCACGGAUCCGAAAGUGGCGUACAUGGCCGCGGUCCUCUUCGGUUAUUGUUUAUAUAAACUCAUAACCAUGACCAUGAAUAGAAAGAAUCCUCGUUCCCGUGCGGAGGUCGACUCCGACGAAACGGAUGACGAUGACGUGACGUGCACAGACAAGUAUGACGAGGACAGAUACAAGUUGAUCCUGGUAAUUAGAACAGAUUUGAAAAUGGGAAAGGGGAAGGUGGCAGCCCAGUGCUCGCACGCCGCCGUCGCGGCGUACAAGGCCGCCAGGAAGUAUCCAAAGAUUCUGAGAGCGUGGGAGGAGUCUGGCCAGGCUAAAAUCACUCUCAAGGUGGACAGCGAGGCUGCUCUUACGGAGAUAGCGAAGGAAGCGAAAGCUGCGGGUCUCUUGUCGAACGUCGUACAUGACGCGGGGCAUACGCAAAUACCAGCGGGAAGUAAGACGGUAUGCGCGGUCGGGCCGGGCCCAGAGGAGUUGAUAGAUCAAGUAACCGGGCAUUUAAAGUUAUUUUAAAUCGUUUAUCGAAUAAAGAGAUCGAGUCUUUUGAUA